AAAGAAAAGCAGUGAGCACUCCCCCGUCUGUUAGCUCUACUUUCUCACUAUUACCACCAUUUCUCUUCUCUCUCAGACUUUCUCUAACCUGCCCUCAUUCCUACCCGCUUAUUCCGAACUAGCACCAUGAAGGAGAAGGAAGGACAGUUGGCCGCGCGCGCCGGAGUCGAGUGAAAGUUUCUGGGAGAGGAAGGAGUUGGAGGAGUGUGGAACGGGAAGGAAGAGCUCAAUAGAGCUCCGAUAAGAGAGGAGAAUAUACGGACAUUCGGAGGAGUGGAAACUGUAACCAGCUCGCACGCUUGUUAAUGUGUGACUCGGGGCUGAACCUCUCUAGGUCACUGUGUGCUUUUCGCUAGAAUUUGAGCUCUCACCGGGCAGAACUGGUCAGGUCGCUUCUGGAGAACUGCAACACACGAUAAUAAACCCUGAGUGGAUCUGUGAGAGGUCUGAGUUCAGGCUGUAGUUUCAGCCGUGCUUGUAACCAUGGCCGGGGCCAAACCGGGAGUACACGCGCUCCAGCUUAAACCGGUCUCCGUGCACGAAAGCCUCAAACGAGGGAGCAAGUUUAUCAAAUGGGACGAGGAUGCCAACGGUGGCCAGUAUACCCUGGUCAACCUGAAAGUGGACCCAGAAGGAUUUUUCCUCUACUGGUCGGGUUCCUCAAUCAUGGAGUUUGAGAUCGUGGACAUCAGCCACAUCAGGGACACAAGAACAGGGAAAUAUGCCAAGAUACCAAAGGACACUCGUAUACGUGAAGUGUUGGGCUAUGGAAAGGGUGACCCCAACCCUGACCCCAACGUGGAAAGUAAGAUGUUCACGGUUGUCUACGGCAACGACCUGGUCAACAUCAACUUCCUCAAUUUCCAGAUUGUUCAGGAGGACUCUGCCAAGGUGUGGACCGAAGAGCUGUUUAAACUUGCUACAAACAUACUGUCUCAAAAUGCCUCACGCAACACCUUCUUAGUCAAAGCGUACACCAAGUUAAGACUGCAAGCGAAUCAAGACAGUAAAAUUUCAGUUAAGAAUAUUCUGAAGAUGUUUUCUGACAAGAGACGAGUGGAGACCUCGCUGGAGAAAUGUGGCCUAAUAGCUAACAGGGCAGAUGGAAUCAGGCUGGAGGAGUUCACUUGGGACAAAUUUCAAAGCUUCAUGAACAACCUGUGUCUGAGACCGGAGAUUGACCGCAUCAUCAUGGAGACUGGAUCGAAAGGGAAGCCCUUCCUGUCUCUGGACCAGAUGAUGGAUUUUAUCAAUCGCAAGCAACGGGACUCGCGACUAAAUGAGGUGCUCUACCCACCCCUCAAACGAGAGCAGGUACGACAGCUCAUGGAAAACUAUGAGACCAACGCUAGGCAGCUCGAGAGAGAUCAGAUCUCUCUCAUGAGUUUCAGUAAAUAUCUGGGGGGAGAGGAAAACGCUGUGGUUCCCUCUGAAAGGUUUGACAUCAUAGAUGACAUGAACCAACCGCUGUCUCAUUAUUUUAUCAACUCUUCACACAACACCUACCUCACAGUUGGGCAGUUAACAGGGUCAUCUUCAGUGGAGAUGUACAGGCAGGUUCUGCUCACCGGUUGCCGCUGUAUUGAGCUGGACUGCUGGAAAGGUCGUCCACCUGAUGAAGAGCCCAUUAUUACUCAUGGAUUCACCAUGACGACAGAAAUCCCCUUCAAGGAGGUGAUCGAGGCCAUCGCUGAGAGUGCCUUCAAGACCUCUCCCUAUCCCGUCAUUCUCUCCUUUGAGAACCAUGUCGACUCUGCAAAGCAGCAGGCGAAGAUGGCAGAAUACUGUCGCUCCAUAUUUGGUGAUGCAUUGCUCAUCGAUCCAUUGGACAAAUACCCACUGUUACCAGGGCAGCAGUUACCCAGCCCACAGGAGCUGUUGGGCAAAAUUCUAAUAAAGAACAAAAAGAAGCACCACCACAGCACGGCUUACGUUGGCAGCAUCAGACGAAAAGAAGGCGCAGACGAGCAGGCCUCGUCUGUUAACGAUGUUCCAUUACCUGAAGGGGAAACCAGUCAUGUUAUGUCUAACGGAGGCGAGAAGCUGGCAGAGAGGAUGGUCAAAGAAGUUGAAAAGCGAAGGUCUAUUGAUCGGCCAGAUGGAGAGAGUGAGGAUGAGGAGGAAGAAGAGCCUAUGGUGGAUCUUAAAAAACACAAUUCUGAUGAGGGGACAGCAUACAGUGAGGUCAAUGCGACAGAAGAAAUGUCCACGUUGGUCAACUACAUUGAACCAGUCAAAUUUAAAUCCUUUGAACUGGCAUGCAAGAGGAACAAGUAUUUUGAAAUGUCAUCCUUCGUGGAAACCAAAGGCUUGGACGCACUGAAGAACUCACCUACUGAAUUUGUGGAAUACAAUAAAAAGCAGUUGAGUCGGAUUUAUCCCAAAGGCACACGUGUUGACUCCAGCAACUACAUGCCUCAGCUCUUCUGGAACGUAGGAUGCCAGAUGGUGGCGUUGAACUUCCAGACUCUUGAUCUACCCAUGCAGCUCAACAUGGGUGUGUUUGAGUAUAACGGCCGCAAUGGCUACCUGCUCAAGCCGGAGUUCAUGAGACGUACAGAUAAACACUUUGACCCCUUCACUAACAACAUAGUGGAUGGAAUUGUGGCUAAUACGUUCAAGAUCAGGAUAGUGUCCGGUCAGUUUCUGACUGAUAAAAGGGUAGGGGUGUACGUUGAGGUGGACAUGUUUGGACUUCCUGCGGACACCAAGAGGAAAUACCGGACCAAAAAUUCCAACAACAGCAACUCGAUGGACCCAGUGUGGGAGGAAGAGCCUUUCAUCUUCAGCAAGGUAGUGUUGCCCACUCUGGCCUCACUUAGGGUAGCUGUGUCUGAGGAUAAUGGAAAAUUCAUAGGCCAUCGGAUCUUACCAGUGUCGGCGUUACGUCCUGGCUAUCAUUACAUUAACCUUAAAAAUGAGUUGAAUCAGCCAUUGUUGCUAGCUUCCCUACUGGUAUACACUGAAGUUCAGGACUACGUUCCUAAUGAACACCAAGAGUAUGCUGAGGCUCUGACCAAUCCAAUUAAGCAUGUACUGGACCAGAGAGAAGCACAGCUGGCUGCAUUAAUAGAAGACAAUGAGCCAGCACAGCAGUUUGAUAAAGAGAAAACAGACUCCAGUUCUUUCAGCACAGUCGACACAUUUGCUUUGCCUGCUCCAAUGCCUCCUCUUUUGGCUGAAGUUGUAACUGCACCAGCCCAGAAAGAAGACCUGGUCCUCAAUAUACUAACAGUGAUAGAGCCCCAGUCCAUAGAGGAGCUCAAGCAGCACAAGUCCUAUGAGAAGUUGUUAAAGAAACAGUGCAAAGAACUGAAGGAGCUCCGCAAGAAGCACCUGAAAAAGGUGUGGGCCCUCAGUAAGGAGCAGAAGACGAGGUGUAAUCAGCUGAACUCUGACAACCAAAGACGCAGGAGUCAGGUGGAGAAAAAACUCCGACUCAGCAUGAAGAAAAAUGAACCAGAACACACGGUACAGCUGGAAAAGUGGCAAAUGCAAGAGCUCCUUGAGCUCCGAAUAAGACAACACCAGCUUGAGAGAGAGAAGCAGUUUGCUCAUCUAAAUGAGUUAUAUCCAAAACUUAAAGAAGUGGCACAGGAAUGCCAGACAGCCCAAAUCAAGAAACUCAAGGAGAUACGUGAAAAAGAGAAGAAGGAGUUGGUCAAGAUUCUGGAUAGAAAAAGGCAGAACAGCAUCAGUGAGGCCAGGAAGGGGGACAAAGACAAGACAGAGCUGGAGAUCAACAGGAAACAUAUCCAAGACAGUGUGAACUUAAUUCGCAGGCUGGAGGAAACACAGGACAAGCGUCAGGAAAUGCUAAAGGCCCAGCAAAGAGAAAUCCUUCAGAAAAUUGAGGAGGAGCAGUCUCUGCACAUGCUACAUUUGGAACGUGACUGUGACACUGAGCUCGAGCGCUUACCUGAAGAAAUCUGCUGCUACCUACAGGGUGAACUGGAGAGCAAAGGUCUGCACUAUGAUGCCCUCUGCAGCCAAACACCCACUAACGACAACACUGGCUCAGGGCCACCGUCUAACUGUAGCACCCCACCUUUCCCUUCACCCAAUCACAGCUGGAGCAUGGACAACAGCACUGCCUCGCCCAGCAGCUCCUCGUCCUCCAGCACACCUGUCACAUCAGAGUCUGAGCUCACGCCCAUCUGAUUUAUGUAAUCCUUUACUUUUAAUGUCAGUUUUUCUUCUUUUGCCAUUUUUCUUGCUGUAUUAUGGUGAUAGAUUAGUAUUACUGAAAGGUGUAUAAUUA